AUGGGGAUUGAGCUGCUCUGCCUGUUCCUGCUACUUCUAGGAAGGAAUGAUCGCGUCCAAGGUGGUUGUGCCUGGGGCGGUGCAGAAACCUGCUCAGACUGCUUGCUCACGGGACCUCACUGUGCCUGGUGCUCCCAGGAGAAUUUUACUCACCUGUCUGGAGUUGGCGAAAGGUGUGACACCCCUGCAAAUCUUUUGGCCAAAGGAUGUCAAUUGCCCUUCAUCGAAAACCCUGUCUCCCAAGUAGAAAUACUUCAAAAUAAGCCUCUCAGCAUAGGCCGGCAGACAAACAGCUCUGACAUUGUUCAGAUUGCUCCUCAAAGCUUGCUUCUUAAGUUGAGACCAGGCGGUGAGCAGACUCUGCAAGUGCAGGUCCGCCAAACAGAAGAUUACCCAGUAGAUCUGUAUUACCUCAUGGAUCUCUCAGCCUCCAUGGAUGAUGACCUCAACACAAUCAAAGAGCUGGGCUCCCGGCUUGCUAAAGAGAUGUCUAAAUUAACCAGCAACUUUAGACUGGGCUUUGGCUCUUUUGUGGAAAAGCCCGUUUCUCCCUUUAUGAAAACAACACCUGAGGAAAUCAUCAACCCUUGCAGUAGUAUCCCCUAUUUCUGUCUACCUACAUUUGGAUUCAAGCACAUUUUGCCAUUGACUGAUGAUGCUGAGAGAUUCAAUGAAAUUGUGAGAAAACAGAAGAUUUCUGCUAAUAUUGACACACCCGAAGGUGGAUUUGAUGCAAUUAUGCAGGCUGCUGUGUGUAAGGAAAAGAUUGGCUGGCGCAAUGACUCGCUCCACCUCCUGGUUUUUGUGAGUGAUGCCGAUUCUCAUUUUGGAAUGGACAGCAAGCUGGCAGGCAUUGUCAUUCCCAAUGAUGGGCUCUGUCACUUGGACAACAGGAAUGAAUACUCCAUGUCAACUAUCUUGGAAUAUCCAACAAUUGGUCAACUCAUUGAUAAACUGGUACAAAACAACGUGCUACUGAUCUUUGCUGUAACCCAAGAACAAGUUCACUUAUAUGAGAAUUAUGCAAAACUCAUUCCUGGGGCGACGGUGGGACUGCUUCAGAAAGACUCUGGGAACAUUCUCCAGCUGAUCAUCUCUGCUUAUGAAGAACUGCGGUCUGAGGUGGAACUGGAAGUAUUAGGAGACACAGAAGGACUCAGCCUGUCUUUCACAGCUAUCUGUAACAAUGGCGUCCUCUUCCCACACCAAAAGAAAUGCUCCCACAUGAAAGUUGGGGAUACGGCAUCCUUCAAUGUGACUGUGAGCAUAUCCAACUGCGAGAAAAGCAGAACCCUUACCAUAAAGCCCGUGGGGCUGGCAGACACCCUGGAAAUACUCGUCAGUGCAGAAUGUGACUGUGCCUGCCAGGGAGAAGUAGAAGUCAACAGUUCCAAGUGCUACCAUGGGAACGGCUCCUUCCAGUGCGGGGUAUGCGUCUGCAACCCCGGCCACAUGGGUCCUCACUGCGAGUGCAGCGAGGACAUAGUGAGCACAGAUUCCUGCAAGGCGUCCCCGGGGCACCCCUCGUGCAGCGGAAGAGGUGACUGCUACUGCGGGCAAUGCAUCUGCCACUUGUCCCCCUAUGGGAGCAUCUACGGACCUUACUGCCAGUGUGACAACUUCUCCUGUCUGCGACACAAAGGCCUGCUCUGUGGAGACAAUGGUGACUGUGACUGCGGUGAAUGCGUGUGCAGAGACGGCUGGACCGGCGAGUACUGCAACUGUACAACCAGCAGGGACUCAUGUGUAUCUGAGGACGGGGUGCUGUGCAGUGGGCGUGGGGACUGCAUCUGUGGCAAGUGUGUCUGCAGGAACCCUGGAGCCUCAGGCCCCACCUGUGAACGCUGUCCCACCUGUGGUGACCCUUGUAACUCUAAACGGAGCUGCGUCGAAUGCUACCUGUCUGUGGACGGCCAGGACCGAGAACAGUGCGUGGAAAAGUGCAGAACUGUUGGUGCCACCAUCAGCAAGGAAGAAGACUUUUCAAAGGAUACUUCUGUUUCCUGUUCCCUACAAGGAGAAAAUGAAUGUCUCAUUACAUUCCUAAUAACCACAGACAAUGAGGGGAAAACCAUCAUUCACAACAUCAACGAAAAAGACUGCCCCAAACCUCCAAAUAUCCCCAUGAUCAUGUUGGGAGUGUCGCUGGCCAUCCUGCUGAUCGGAGUCGUCCUGCUGUGCAUUUGGAAGCUGCUGGUAUCACUUCAUGAUCGGAAAGAAGUUGCUAAAUUUGAAGCAGAACGCUCAAAGGCCAAGUGGCAAACGGGAACCAAUCCACUGUAUAGAGGCUCCACCAGCACUUUUAAGAAUGUGACCUACAAACACAGGGAAAAGCACAAGGCAGGCCUUUCUGCAGACGGGUAGACAGACCUGCUUCAGCUGGAGAAAGUCAACCUCCCUGGCACCAAGGUCCAUGCACUGUUUGCUCUGUCUUUCUCUGUUGCUCCCAAAGCAGGUGGACUUAAGAUAAUAAUGGGUGAU